AUGGCCGAGCCACAGCAAACACUUUAUGAAACUAUCACUCGAAAUGACAUUGAUUCUGUGAGAAUUCAGCUGGCAAACAAUGUCAAUCCAAACGCCUUCCCAAAUAAUCCGACAAUAACACCACUCAUUUUAGCUGUGAGGCUAAAGUACCUUGACAUAGCAAAUGAACUAUUGAUGAAUGGAGCUGACGUGAAUGGGGUUGAUGAAUUUGGACGGACUGCGUUGCAUGUUGCAGUGGACAAUAAUGAUGAGGCUUCCGUCUCUGUUAUUCUUUCGCAUAAUUGCAAUUUAGAAAAAUAUGACAACUUCGGUCUAACUCCCCUUACGUUGGCUGUGGAUAAAAAUAACAUCCAAAUGGUUCGCUAUUUAGUUGCACAGGGAGCAGUGGUUUAUAAAUAUUUGGAGGGACCCGAACUCCCACCGCUUCCUUUUGCUGCAUUCGUCGGCCGCUUUGAUAUCCUUCAAUACCUGGUGAAUGUGGAAGAGACAGAUAGAGAAAAGAAGAAAAUGAACAUGAACUUUGCACUCUGCUUGGCCAUCAAUAAUGGCCACAACGAGGCAGCAGAAUUCUUAAUUAAUAACGGUGCUCCAAUAAGUCGUAGACAAGGGAAUUGGUUAUCUCCUUUGGAAUUUGCCAUUAUUGGAAGAAAUGAAUAUAUGGUCUCAUAUCUUCUUUCUCACAAUGCCUCGGUUAGCGAUACAAACCACCAUGGCUUCACUCCACUUAUGACGUCUAUCAUUUUUAACAACCCUUCUGCAGCAGCACUGCUACUUUGUUAUGGGGCGGACCCGGAUGCGCUGGCAUCUGGCUUUAGAACAACAGGAGAACAGGUUGCAAUGGAUAUGAGGAGGGUGGAAAUUGCCCAAAUAAUUUUAACGUGGAAAAACGAGUUCAUGACAUCAAUUUUUGAACCAAUUAGCUUCUCUAUCGAGUCAUAUGCUGAUUUGAAGUCUACGAAAACAGCCGUAAGAGUAUUUCUAGCAUCAAGGGCAACUUGUUGGGAGAAAGUGGCUACUUGUUGGUUCGUUGAUCAUUGUGACCUAAAAAGGAGAGUAGUUCUUGCAUCAAGGGCAUCUUUGGGCAUCUUUGAUGUGUUGGAAGAAAGUGUCUUGUUGGAUAUUGUUGGUCUCAAGGAACCAGGUCAGCCUCCUGUUAACCAUUCCUUCCAUAAGUUAAGCCAGGUGUUCACACCUAAGAAUAUUGUUAGUCUCAAGGAACCAGUGGACAAUAAUGAUGAGGCUUCCGUCUCUGUUCUUCUUUCGCAUAAUUGCAAUUUAGAAAAAUAUGACAACUUCGGUCUAACUCCCCUUACGUUGGCUGUGAAUAAAAAUAACAUCCACAUGGUUCGCUAUUUAGUUGCACAGGGAGCAGUGUUUUAUAAAUAUUUGGAGGGACCCGAACUCCCACCGCUUCCUUUUGCUGCCAUCGUCGGCCGCUUUGAUAUCCUUCAAGAGACAGACAGAGAAAAGAAGAAAUCGAACAUGAAUGUUGCACUCUUCUUGGCCAACUAUAAUGGCCACAACGAUUGGAUAGAGCUCAAAUGUUGUGCUGGAAGUGUAUGUGAAGGUGACGAUGAUGAUGAUGAUGACGAUGAUGAGAUUGCUGAUGUAAGAGGAAUGCUCGAGAAUGUUGGAGAAUUCAAUAAAGUGCAUCAGCAGAACGUUUUACCUCCCACUAUGGCGGAAUGCCGAAAUAAGAGGCAGAUCGAUGCAUUCAUAUGGCGAAAACUCGAUUCGACAUUCGUCAACCCAAAUGUCUUCCCAAAUAACCCGACAAUUACACCACUCAUUUUAGCUGUGAUGCUAAAGUUCCUUGUCAUUGCAAAUGAACUAUUGAUGAAUGGAGCUGACGUGAAUGGGGUUGAUGUAUUUGGACGGACUGCGUUGCAUGUUGCAGUGGACAAUGAUGAUGAGGCUUCCGUCUCUAUUCUUAUUUCACAUAAUUGCAAUUUAGAAAAAUAUGACAACGAUGGUCUAACUCCUCUUACGUUGGCUGUGGAGAAAAAUAACAUCUACAUGGUUCGCUAUUUAGUUGCACAGGGAGCAAAGGUUUAUAAGUUUCUGCAUGAAAAUGAACUUUCACCUCUUCUUUAUGCUGCCUUCAUUGGCCGCGCGGAUAUCCUUCAAGUCUUGCUGAAUGUUGAAGAGACAGAUAGAGAGACGAAGAAAAUGGACAUGUUUUUCGCUCUCUGCAUGACGGUCGAGAAAGGCUACCUCUUGGCAGCAAAGCUCUUGAUUGAUUAUGGUGCACCAUUAGAUCGUUUGGAUGAAGUUGAUUUAACCCCUUUGGAAUUAGCCAUUCUUGAAGAACAGGAUGCCAUGGUUUCACUUCUUCUAUCUCACAAUGCCCCGGUUAAUGGUUUUAACCGAUAUGGCUUUACGCCACUUAUGAUAUCAAUCAUUCAUGACAACCCUUCUGCAGCAGCACAGCUGCUUUGGUAUGGUAUGGCACAAUAA